GAUAAGCAAGAGUCGUACCGCGACAGUAUACAGGCCAACGAAGUACGAUUUGUACGCGAUCACUGUUCACUAAGUCGUUUAUCGUGUUAUAUCAGAAUAUCUAAUUGUCCAUCAUAUCUACAGUGUCUCGUGUCUGAAUGCCGCUAGUGUUUCACCUUAUCUCGUGUAUUUAAAUAUCUUGCCGUCAUCAGCUCCAUCGUUUUACACAAAAACAAGAUUCCCGCCGCGCCUCCUAUCCCUAAUCAGUUUUCGAAACAAGUCGUCGGGGAUUAUUCCAUACAUCUGUAUCACGACAAAUAGAACGGAAGCGAUAUCCUCACGCGUUUCUUCUGCUCGUUCUCUGAAAGCAAGCAUGGUGAGAAUAAAUGAUUCAAUUUGAUAUCGUUAUCGCUGAUUAGUGACAAUACAUAUUGUAUCUUGGCGAUCUUGCAUCGUGUUUGAAGAGAUUGAAAAAUCCCUCGCAUCGUUCAUUCUGAGCAUUCUCCGAUACAGGGACAAUAGGAUUUCACGCGAGAUUGCAUAUUGUGGCGACCAUCAUCGUUCGGAGAAAGUACGAAAUCAAUUAUCGUGAAACAUCUGUGCGGCAGCUCGCGCUAACUCGAGGUAGCGUAAGACAAUUUUGCAUGGGCAUCGUCAUCCCGUCAAGAACGGAAGCGCGGUGCCGAUAAUUCUACGAGACUGGCAUCUCUAAAGUCGACCCGAGAAAACGAUCCGGCGUCUCGAUGGUGGAGUGUACUAAUGUUAUAUAAUAGCAUGCAGUUCGCAUAUCGCUACACGUGGAAUCGAGAGAUCAUCGUCAACUCCCAGAAGCUCGUCAAAAGACGUUGAUUAUCGGUCAAAUCCGUCACCAUUGCAUGCGGGAGGAUCACACACGUUCUUCUUGUUUGUAUGAGCUGCGACAAGCUACCGAAGGAACGAUCAUAUUGGCAUCAUCGACUUUUCCUAAAACUACGUUAGAUACACUAUACUCUAAAUCCAACAAUCUCCCUCCUCUUCCUCAACAAAGAAAACACCGUGCUACGCGCGAUUGCUAUGGCCGCUUUAUGUUACAGUGAACCCUUCUCAGAUUGGCUGGAGGAAAAAAUAGACCUGCCCAUAUUCGAACAACUACCUGUUCCCGAGAACGGUCAAAAUAAAUCACUGCCAGUCAUCUAUCCGACUAUCGUGAAAGCGCAGCAGCAGCAGCAGCAACAACACGAUAAUACGCAGACCCUUUUGCAAGAGUUCGAAACAGUUUUGGGAGAUGUCGAGGCUUGCCAUCAGAUCGUUCCGCCGACCUGCUCCACGCUCACUCCUCCGCAAUCACCCUCUCAUAAAGUGAUUAAUGUGGACACACAGUUGUUGGUCACCCUGCAACCCGUUCAACAACCUCUGUUCGCUGGCAACCAUUCAAUAUACAACAUUGUUCCAGCGGAAGAACCACUGUACGUGAAUGAUACAGCUCGUCAGUGGAGUGCCGAAGACAUAUCAUUGAGUUCGCUCGGUGGAGAUGUUGCGAACGACUUAGCAGUAGUGGACGAAUACGUUCGCUCGCAUACCAAGGAUAUACCAUCUCCAUCAAGUCCAUGCACCAGCUCUGGUGGCAGUUGCAUUUCUACUGAAGAUUCCGCUGAUGAUCCCGAUUGGAGUUUUGAAUCCGAAAGAAAAAGCUUGAAACAAGUUCACAACUCUUCGAAAAAUCGCCAUAAACCUUAUUCUCGACCGUCUCUCGAGGACAAAAAAGUGCGAAAGAAAGAGCAGAAUAAGAACGCGGCUACACGCUACAGACAAAAGAAAAAGCAAGAAAUUAAAGAAAUACAAGGCGAAGAGCGCGAGCUCACAGAUCAUAACGAGAAGUUGAAAAAUCAAAUAAAAGAUCUGCAACGGGAGAUAGGAUAUCUAAAGGGAUUGAUGAGAGAUUUGUUUAAGGCUAAGGGUCUUCUUAAAUAAUCCAUUCGUGAAAAAUCUUAAUAUUUUUGUCAUUUGUAUAUUUUACUUAUUGUUAGAUAUAUAAUUAAUUUUACUUAGAUUUGUACGCGUUUUUUGGCACUAACUCUAUUUUACAAUCAUACUAAUGACUACCUGUAACUACUGUUUCAUAUAUUAUUUGUGUGCAAUUUUCUUAUUUUUUAAUAUCUUUAAUAUACGUUUUAUGUGCAAACAUAUAUUGUACAAUUUAUAUAUAACCGCAGCUUUUUAAGAAAUCUAUAAGUUUAUCGUUAGAAUAAAAGAAGUGUAACUCGAUUUAGUAAAGAAUGGUCCAUCAUCAACAUCGGCAAACGUGGUGCAUUAGAUAACGCGUAUAAAUUGCGGAAUAUGCGGGUUUAUGAAGUUCUAACUACAGGAAACCUGCUGUCUGUGCACAUUCUACGAAUUAUCUAGCAUAUCGCUCUCUGAUGCAAAUCUUUCCAUUCCGAUUAACUUUUAUGUUCUAUUGCAUAAUAAUAUUUUCGUACAACAAAUUAUGUAGUGAACAAUAAAUGGAUUCUACAAAACAA